AUGUCCACUACGACUUCGAACGAAGUACGCGGUGCAGGCCUGAACGGCCGCCCCGUCGUGUUCUUUGAUAUCACUAUUGGUGAAACGCCGGUCGGCCGCAUCAAGUUUGAGCUCUUUUCGGACUUUACGCCCAAAUUCAACCAUAAGCCCAUGGGAUAUAAAGGCUCUAUUUUCCACCGUGUGAUCAAGGACUUUAUGUGCCAAGGCGGCGACUUCCUCAACGCCGACGGCACCGGCAGUUUCAGCAUCUAUGGCGACAAGUUCGAUGACGAAAACUUCCUGAUGAAACAUGAUGCCCCCGGUCUUUUGAGCAUGGCAAACUCGGGCCCCAAUACCAAUGCCGACUUUUUGGAUGGCAAGCACGUCGUCUUUGGCAAGGUGAUUGACGGCAUGCUUACUCUACGCAAAAUCGAAAAUGUGCCGAUGGGCGCGAGCAACCGUCCACGCGUCGAGGUCAAGAUUGCCGGUGAGUUUUCCUAUGCGCUGACCCAGAAUGCGAGUUAG